GGCGGCUCCUGUCAGCAGCUGUCUAUUUUCAGAAAGUAACUUUUACAGGAAAUCUUCUAGUUUCUGCUCUUUCAUUGCCCAGUUCCAUGAUUUCAGCAAAAAGGGAACUUCACUGUUGCGAGUGGAAGGCGUUAAAGACAAACUGCAUGACUUGAUUCACGACUCAGACCUUGAACCACAAUGUCGGAGGCUUCUUGGAACAUGACUAACAAUGACACCUGUGCCGAUGGAAACAGCAACUGUCUGGACAAAGAGGACAUGACCAGCUUUUCUGCAGGUCUGGCGGUGGGCUUGACCCUCUUCGUCCUGCUUCUUGUGAUCGUAUCUGGUGUACUUGCAUUCAGAUACCACAGGCAAAUCACAAACAUUUUGCCAUUCAGACACAGAAGAAGCCAGAAGAAGGAGGACUGUACAGAGACACCUGAAGCUGAUUCCCAUCAGUACAUCGGUCUGAGCAGAGAACAGUCAACGGCACAGGCUCCUAUCUAUGAAAACUUGUCCACUACUAGAUACAGCAAGUCUACAGUAAAGCAGAGCAGGUUGACCAGUGAAACGGAGGAGGAUUUGUACUUGCAGUGUGACAUACCAGAUGACGCAAUAUACAGCAACGACCCAGCGUGCAACCUAUCCAUCCUAUCACACCCCCAAGAGGAAGACGUGUAUAUUGUGCCAGAUUCAUGAUCGGACACGAAACCUUUCAUGGUUAUUUUUGCUUCAUUUGGUUUGUCUCUCGUGUCAUAAACUUACAUUUCUGCAAAUCUGUGUGUACAUAUGUUGUACAUUUUCUGUAAUGUUAGGAGGUAAAAGUUGGAUUGGAUGGGUUGUUUUUUAGACAUUUUGGGGAAGAAUAAUGCAGCAUGACGGGAUAUCUUGCUGUCUUUACACUUUGACGGCUGUUUUUGACUCAGGUGGACGCUCUGUACAAAUGAUCGCAUAUUUGACGACAAUCCAAGGUAAUCAAUUAGCUGAUAACAUCUUAACGUUUUUUGUUGUUUUUUUGUUUUUUUUAUCUUGACACGUCUGUUACAACCAAUGAAUCAUUUUUAAUUUUGACCUUUAGAGAGGAGAAGUGUUCAGCGUGUUCACUCUUGUGUGGCCAGGUCAUGCAUGUCCUUUUUGAGUAUCAGUCAUAUUGUAUUGUAUCAUAUUGCAUAUCAGCAGCAUAAAAAGAGACAUUUAAGUAUUGUUAAUUUCUUCAUAUCAUUCACAAACAGGUUUUUUUUUUUUAAAUAAUCCACAAAUGACAUUUUACAAUGCUUUUUUAAAUACACUGAAAAACCAAAAAGAUGAAUGUGAAUAUAUAAGUAUGCUUCAUGUUAAAGCACAUGCCAACAUAGGUGGAUGUGCGCACUUGUGUUUUACAGAAGUAGUGAUAGUUCUAAAGCUGUCUUCUUCCUUUUUAUGUGGUAAACAAUAAAAUAUACUUUCGCCAUUCGAA